AGUUCAACCAUUCACAAUACUGUAGAAUUGAAGCCAUGGACCAGGCGCCAACUAUGUGGAUAAAACAAGAGGGAACAGAUGAAGUACAAACUGAGUUAUGCUUCAUGGCCCAAGUAUACCCAAUCAGCAUGAAUGUAAAAGAAGAGUUGGAGGAGGGUGCGAAGGAAGAGGAUAAAGAUGACAAGAGUUACAGUAUUACAGUAUGCUCCAGGUUGGAAACGAGGAAACAGUUUCCUGAAGACCCAUUAAAGACUGAUGGAGCUACUGUUUUGGUAAAGCAAGAUCCGAAACAGGAACAAAAUGCUGUUGGAUCUGAGCAUGAUUCUGUUAGAGAUCCAUUGGGAAUAUCUUGGUCCACUGAUAUUAUCAAGGAGGAUCCUGAACUAAAUUUGGAAAUGAAUGUAACAGAGAUUAUUGUGGAAACCUCAACAAGAUACUCAUCUGAUAGUGCAAGAUUGACUCAGAGUACUGGUGGGAAGUGUGGCAUAUCAUGUGAAGAAACGUGUCAUCAUCGACUGGUCCAGGAUGAGUUCGUGAUAGAUAUGGAGAAGUCAACAUACGAGUUUGUUACCCAUACAGGAGAUGUGACUCUAGAUAAAGAAUGCUCAGUUGCUACCCAAUAUGACUGUAGUGCAAGGGAAAAGGAAUUACAUGUAUAUAGCUGUAAUUUCUGCCAACAGGGCUUACCUUCAAAAUAUAGACUCAUAAAGCAUGUGUUUAUGCACAUUGAUGGCAUGCAACCACCUUUGUAUGUUUGUAAGUGGUGUGGUGAGAUAUUUGACACUAAAUUUAGUUUGAAAAAACAUCUGAGAAUGAGUGAGAAUUAUCACGUCUUAACUGCUGGCAACCAUGAAAAAUAUGGCUUUAGUGAUGAGCAUCAAAGCAGUAUCCUUUUGGAUAGUUUCCCAGAAGUUUCUGUUACAGAACACAAUGUGUGGUCUUCAUUCAAGGAAACUUGGAAAGCUUCAAAGAAGUCCUCUAAUGAUGUGUGUAACAUACCUAUGGGAAAUGAUGCUGACGAAAUAAGUGACUAUGGAACUUUGUCUACAGCUGUUAACGUCAGUGCCCAGGGUGAUCUACUUACUGCAAACAGUACAGACAAAUGUGGUAUUUGUGGUAAAUUGUGUGGUAGGUCAGGUAAUCCCAAGAGAGAGAAAUUACUUGACAGUGGAAAGAAACCCCACAAAUGUGAGAUUCGUGGGGAAUGGUUUUCUCAGUCAGGUCAUCUCAAGACAGAAGAAUUAUUUCACACUGGGAACAAACCUCAUAAAUGUAAGAUUUGUGGGAGAUGUUUUGCUAGGUCGAGCAUUCUCAAGAGCCAUGAAUUAAUUCACACUGGAAACAAACCUCACAAAUGUGUGAUUUGUGACAAAUCGUUUGCCCAGGCAGGCAAUCUGAAGACUCACAAGUUAAUUCACACUGGAAAGAAACCUUACAAAUGUGAGAUUUGUGGGACCUCUUUUGGUAGGGCAGGUAAUCUCAAGACUCACAUUUUAAUUCACACUGGGAAGAAACCUUACAAAUGUAAGAUUUGUGGGAGAUGUUUUGCUUGGUCAAGCAAUCUCAAGACACACGAAUUAAUUCACACUGGAAACAAACCUCACAGAUGUGUGAUUUGUGACAAAUCGUUUGCCCAGUCAGGUAGUCUCAAGACUCAUGUGUUAAUUCACACUGGAAAGAAACCUCACAAAUGUGAGAUUUGUGGGAAAUCUUUUCGUAGGUCAGAUAGUCUCAAGACACAUGAAUUAGUUCACACUGGAAAGAAACCUCACAAAUGUGAGAUUUGUGGGAAAUCUUUUGCUAGGUCACGCUAUCUCAAAUCUCACUUAUUAAAUCACACUGGAGAGAAACCUCACAAAUGUGUGAUUUGUGACAAAUCGUUUGCCCAGGCAGGCAAUCUGAAGUCUCACCUAUUAAUUCACACUGGAAACAAACCUCACAAAUGUGAGAUUUGUGGGAGAUGUUUUGCUUUGUCAAGUUAUCUCAAGAAACAUUUAUUAAUUCACACUGGGAAGAAACCUUACAAAUGUAAUAUUUGUGAGAAAUCCUUUGCUUUCUUGAAUGCUCUCAAGAGUCAUAUAUUAAUUCACACUGGAAAGAAAUCCCGCGAAUGCGAUAUUUGUGGGAAGUCUUUUGCUAGGGCAGGCAAUCUCAAGGCCCACACAUUAAUUCACAUUGGAAAGCAACCUCACAAAUGUGAGAUUUGUGGGAAAUCUUUUGCUGUGUCCAGCAUUCUCAAAGCCCAUGCAUUAAUUCACAUUAGAAAGAAACCUCACACAUGUGAGAUUAGUGGGAAAUCAUUUGCUAUGUCAGGCGAUCUCAAGACAUAUGCAUUAGAACACAUUGGAAGGGGACCUCACAAAUGUGAUGUCUGUGGCAAAAGUUUCACUAAAUUGGGUACUCUCAAGACACAUGCAUUACUUCACAUCAGAAAGAAACUACAAGUAAGUGUUGGUUUACACAAAUAGGUUUUCCUGGUUUGUGCCCUCAAGGCCUAUAAAGUAAUGGAUGUAACAGGGGACAAUAAAUUGCAGUUCCUGUGAAAUAACAUUAAAAUGUGGUAGAAUUGUGGAAAAAAAUGUGCAAUGGUGUGUACUAUUGAAUGAUAACAGAUAAUGUGACAAUAUAAAAAUC